GAAGCUCUGGAAAGUGGAGUUGUGAGUUCUCGCGAGAUAAGUGCAGCCAGACUGCGAGACCGACACGAUUCCAGUAAGAGUACCGAUAAAAUUUAGAAAUGUCGGGUCGUUCGGUCCGCGCAGAGACCCGAAGCCGCGCUAAAGAUGACAUUAAGAAAGUGAUGGCCGCCAUCGAGAGAGUACGGAGAUGGGAGAAGAAAUGGGUCACAGUUGGUGAUACAUCAUUAAGAAUAUUUAAAUGGGUUCCUGUGGUGGACACGAAGGAGAAGGACAAGAGCAAAGUGUCUGUGGGUGGAGAAAUGCAACGGAAGAAUUUUCCCAAAGAGGAGGCAUCUGAUAACGCCUGUUCUGUACUAUUAGAUUUUCAAGAUGAGAACAGCAACCAGAGUUCUCUCUCAGACUCAUACCCUCAUAAAAUAGCUGCAGACAGCAGUAAUAACUCCAGUCCACCUCCCAGUGAGCCGGUCAGCCCUGCACCUCAGAGUCUAGACUAUCAUACAGAUGACCCACAGCCGCCCACCCUCGGCCAGGAAAUUUUGGAAGAACCGCUGCUGCAGUCAAGUGAGAUUGCAGAUGAGCCGCCAACACUGAUCAAAGAAGAUCUUCUUCCCCUCACUGCUCAGGGGCAGGAGGAUGAGGACAGUUGUGGAGCACCACCAUUGAAAAGAAUCUGUACCGAGCAGGUCUCGGUCAUCCAGGCAGCCCCUCUGAGCUAACACACACACACACACACACACACACACACACACACACACACACACACACACACACACACACACACACACACACACACUGUACACUGGGCAUUGAUAAUCAGCCAGACUGAUCACUGACCUUCCUAGAACUGCUGCAAAAGACACGAUAUGGACCAGACAUCGAGAAAGCACUAUAUUUAUUAUCAUAUAGGAUAGCUUUGCAACAUUUAAGAUUUACAAAUCUUUGCCUUCCAUUAGUAGCUCUUGUUCCCAUAAUAUGCAGAAUAUGCUUCAAUUCAGGUCAUGUCAAAAUUAUUGUUAAUUUCUUAAGAUCUCAUAGUAGAAUUCCAACAUGACAUAAAUGAAGCAUUAUUUCAAUGUUUAUUGGCCAAUAUCAAAAGAAGCCAGACUAUUAACUAGACAUUCCUGUAUACCGGAAGAGCAGAUGAAUGUACUCUCACUAUAAAGCCCUUCUUCAUGAAAUUGCUGUUACAGUUAUUUUAAUGCUAAUAGUUUUAUUUUAUAGUCAGUUGAAUGUGAUGCUUGUUAAAAAAGAAAGCCAUAAAAUAAUUUAAUGCUGACUGAAGGCUUAGCCAUUAUUGAAGAAAAUCUACUUCAAAACGAAGACAAAUAUUGAUUUUAUGACAAGGGUACUUGAAAUAUAAUUCAAUACAUCACGCUUUAUGCACAAAUAAUCUCAUUAGACCCCACACCGUUCCCUUUUAAUAGCAGAAUGUCUUCAAUCAAAUUAUGUGAGUUUACAUGCAGAUUUAAAUGAAUGUUUAAGUUAUGAUUCAAAAGAUGUGAAUAAUAUCUAGUUUUUCUGUUUGUAGAUUCUGGUCUCAGGGUCUCUAGUGCCUCCAACUGUUAAAGAGUCACCCUACCAGCUCUCUUUUUUCAGUAAUUGAACAUUUACUCAUUUGUCUCAAUGUAACACAUACAUUAAAAGAAGUUGUUAUUUAGUAUGUUGGUAAUAUCAAAUUUUUCUUGCUCUUUAUUUUUGCACACUGGUCUAGUGGGCACAUUGAGGUUGAUGAAGCAGUCAUAUUGUUAUUUGAAGCAAAUAUCAAUAAAAUAUUAGACAUUCAUUUCGA